UCGUCCGUAUUCGUAACUUCGGAGGCAGAAUAAAUUCGUUUUGCUACUACACUGCUACUUUUGAUGACUGUUUCUGUUUCCAUUUCGUGUCUACUGUGCAAGUUCACGAAUAAAUUGUGUACUUUUGUGAAGUGCAUUAUAAAAUGACCUAAAUUGUGUAUUGUGAGCUUUUUCUAACGAGUACGGAAUUAAAUAACUAAAAGGAAAUCGUGGAAAGCGAUAUGAUACUCUGCUUGGCAGUGUUCUAAGAUUGUGUUCAUAUCGUGAAAAUUUUAUACUGUGCCUGAUAAACUAAUUGAGAUGGCUUCAAAACCAACUAAUCAGAAACGGAGGAACAAUGAGAAGAGAAAGGAGAAGUCUCGGGUGGCAGCGCGAUGUCGUCGCAAUAAGGAGAUGCAGAUUUUCACGGAACUGACGGCUGCACUUCCGGCCAAGAAGGAGGAGGUUGAACAACUCGACAAGGCCUCCGUAAUGCGCCUGGCGAUAUCUUACCUGCGCGUGCGCGACGUUGUUUCAAUGCUUCCAACAGACAGCACAGAACAGCCCAAAAUUGAGAAUCCUGAAGGGUUGGAGGAUGUAUCUUCAGAGUUGUCGUAUAUGAAGGCACUGGACGGAUUCCUUUUCGUGCUGUCGCAACAAGGGGACAUUGUUUACUGCAGUGAAAAUGUUGCCGAUCACCUGGGAGUGUCUCAGAUGGAGAUAAUGGGUCAGAGCGUGUUUGAAUUCAGUCACCCGUGUGACCACGACGAGAUUCGCGAAGCACUUCGUUCGAACGGCAGCGGUCGACGUGACUUCUUGCUUCGUUUAAAAUGCACGCUCACCAGCAAGGGCAGAAAUGUGCAUUUGAAAUCAGCUUCAUAUAAGGUUAUACACAUCACCGGGCACAUGCAAACUCCAGAGGACAACGAUAAACCUCAGGAGCACAACAAUAACCAAGAGAAAGAAGACAAAAAGGACGGCGAAGACAAGAAACCUUUGAAGAACGGAUCCCUUAUCGCUGUGGGGAGACCCAUUCCUCAUCCAGCCAAUAUCGAGAUCAUAUUGGAUAGCAAAACAUUCCUGUCCAAACACAGCCUGGAUAUGAAGUUUACUUACACUGAUGACGCAUUGAAGAAUGCACUCGGAUACGAGCCGGACGAUCUUGUCGGCCGCGCAUUGUACGAGUACCAUCAUGCGGCCGACAGCGCUGCUAUGGUUCAACAAUUCAAGUCAUUGUUUUCCAAAGGACAAUGCGAAACCGGUCAAUACCGCUUCCUGGCCAAGACCGGUGGAUACGUUUGGGUCCAGACCCAGGCGACUCUCAUCACGGACAAACAGCAGAAGCCCGUCAGCGUAGUCUGUGUCAACUACAUCAUAAGCGGUAUCGAGUGCAAAGAUGAGGUGUUUGCUGCACACCAAGUGCAGCACGCGGACCUGAAACCUGUUGUCGUACAGACCACAGCAAAUUCGACCACUGCAGUCUGCCCACCCAUUGAAGUUGCGAACGGUACACUAGUACCCACUCCACUUCCAGAAGAAGAACGCCCUAUACCGGUUACAGAGCUUAUAUUUGCGCCGAGAAAGAAAGAAAUGAAUAAAGGCUUUCUCAUGUUUUCGUCAGACGAGGGUCUUACAAUGCUUAAAGACGAGCCGGAAGAUCUGACUCAUUUGGCACCAACGGCCGGUGACACUUGUAUCCCUCUUGAAAACAGCUCCUUCUUAUUUGAUGAAUUUAUACUUAAUGACAAUUACUGCAGUUUGUUGGGUGAAGAUCUGGCUAAUGCAUCUCCGGAUUCUCUAACUACUGAUUCCUUGGUAUUGUCUUCACCUGAAUCACAGGAGACUGAAUCAUCAUGCGAACAGUCAUCGUUACUAACAGAGUUAUCUCUAGAUGCUUUCGAUAGCACAAGGUCUGAUAACGAUAUCAAUGAUGAAAAUUCGCCUUUUAUUCCAAUGAGCGAUGAGCUCCCUGUGCUGGAACCAGCAGUUAUGUGGGGUGCAUUGCCUGACAAUGUGAGUUUGGCGAGACCACAGCCACCUGAAACAUAUACAAACUCGCCAGCGCCAGCCUUACAGCGUUUACUCGCGUCACCGAACACAGGCCCACCACCACAGGAUCUCAUAUCAAAUAUUUACUCAGACCAAGGUAUAAUUCCAAGUAGAAGUAUUGCGCCAUGGGACACAGGGAUUAAGAGAGUAAUGAAACAAGAAGAGGUGCCGAAAGCAAAACGUGCCAAGCGCAGUUCCUCGCCGCCAGAAUCAGUUUCCUCGACGAGUAAACAGUCCUCCAGUGUCCUCAUGAACCUUCUGGAUAUACCUCAGCAACCACCGCCGCAAAACAAUGUUCAACGCGACUUUCAUGCUGGCGUCAACCACCAGAAGAUGUCCAUACAGAAGCCCAUCGACAGAAACUGUAUACCACUACCCGUUAUAAAUAUACAAACCGUCAUAAAUAAGCCGAUGCCGUGCACAAAUCCUAUAUCAAACUUAAUGAAAAUGGGUAACAACGUCAUGUCCCCUCUAAGUCUCAACAUAGGUAGUCCUAUGUACUCACUACCGUCAAGUCCAAACACAUCUAACUACAGCCCGGCAGUAAGUCCAGCUCAGAGAGUUUUAAGUCCUUAUUCCACUCCGCAAUCCAUGUCGCCUGUGGGUAAAUUUAACCAAAUGUACAGCCCUAAUAGAAUUUUAUCCCCGGCUGGUGUGAUACAUGGUAGUGAUCCCUACCUGUCAAAUAAGAUGCAGGCCAGUCCAAAUUUCCCCAUGCCAACUGGCGAUUUGUUACUGGACUCUAAUGGGUCUCUUACAGCUGACUUUUGGGCUGAUUCAGAAUUACUGCAAGGCACUAACGACCUACUGUCCGCAUUUGACGACGUAAAAUUAGCCUAAUGCUUCUAGAAGGCAAUUCGAGUGAUUUCUACUGAAGGUUUGAUAAUAAAACGAUUUAUUAUACAACCAAUUGAAUCAGUAACUUUCAUUAUUGCUUUCGUUUUGUGUUCACUUUAAAUUUUAUUGUCAUUUGUACACAAAUAUUCUUCAGAGAAUUGUUUAAUUAAAAUAAAUUCAGUAGGAAUCACUCGAAUGGAAUAAAACAAAGGAAUUCUACAUGCAAAAAAUACUUAUUAAAGGAAUUCCGCGCUGAGUAUUCCACUCUCGACUGUUAUUACAUUGAAGCCAGUAUCUGUUUUGCUUAUUUGCAACGUGAAAAAACUAGAUUUUUUCCGAGUUGCAUUCCCAUAUUGCAAUAGUUAGUUACAUCUGAAGACUCUGAAAUAAACACCACAAUACUGUAUUUUCUUAAUAUCUAUUAAUUGGACAGUUAUAAGGGAUAUGCUAUUUGAUUAUAUAUAAUGCAGAGACUUAUUGCAGAGUUGAUUGGCAUUAGCAUUAGUGCAUUUAAUUUUAUAUCAAAUCUGAAAACUUGUGAUAUAUUAUAAUACAUAUGUUCAUAUUGGCUACUAUGUAAUUUCAGCGGACAAUAUUGCAAUGACGUGAUUUAUGGUAUAUAACAAUGAAUUAUGGUGUUAGCAGGUUUUUGUAUACAAUACGUUCAUAGAAUUAUACAAUAUUAUAGAAAUAUAUUUUAGUUAAGAUAAGACUAGUUCUAAGGUAAAUGUUAUUUUGUUGUAUUGACCGAGGUAGACUUUGUAUUGUGUACUCAUCUAUUCCAGUCGCCCAACAGCUUACAUUGUAAGUUGUUCUAUUAAGGGGCAGGGCACGGAGGCGUGAGAUCUUAGUUCUCCGGAAUGGCAACGAGCGAGGAGUAUCAUAGACAAUACAUGAUGAUAUCCGUGGUGCUUCUCAUGUAUAUCUAGGCGACGAUUUUUAUAUGCCAUCAGGUGGACCGCAAGCUUGUUUGCCAUUCCAGUUAUAUAAUAAAAAAUGUUUAUAUAAAAUGAUUUGUGGUGUGGAUAUAUUUGAGCGAAGCUAUAUGACAUUGCAUAUACGAGUAGUAAUAGUCUUGUAAUAAUAUAAAUGUCAAAUAUUUUUGUUUUACAAUUUUACAUUCGUAUAGUGUGUUUAUUCUUUACUUUACAUUUAAUAGUUUUGUACUCCUAAUACCUAAUUGUAUCUGCCAAAUAUGCUGUCAAAUAAAUCCUGAGUUUUUGUUAUAUUGCAAUAUACACUUUUUUUAAUAGAGUUCAUAAUGAACACUAAUUACCUUUUAUUUAAUUAUGCUCGAUAUUUUAAUUGUAUUGCAGAACUAUUAAUGUUGUUUAUAAAAAAUAUAAUAAGGCAGUUUAAUAUGGAGGUAGGUAUAUUGAAUGUAAAAUUGUAAUGAUAUAUGAAUUAUUUAUAUUUAUUAUUGAAAAUUUAUUUUUUGUCUAAUGAAAUACAAUAUUAUAUUUCUUAUUGUCAUUUAAUUAAAAUUUAUAAUCUUUAUGGAAGAAAAUUGGCAUAUGUAAAAUUUUAAUACAGUAUAGUUUCUGAAACUUCAUUAUAAAAUGCAAUUCGCUUAUUUAUAUUUCAAUAUACGAUGGGUAUCAUUUAUAAUUAAGUAUAUUAUAUUUUACGAACAAAAUAUAUACUCAUUUGUUAGAAAUAAGGAAACGUAACUUCAUACCAUUGUUUCCAAUGUUUUAUUUUGUGACCCUUGUCAAACAACAAUGUACAAUGUUAGGAAAGUCGAGUUAAUAGUCAACUUUUGACAUUUUAUUAAAUAAAUUGGUAAUAUGACAACUUCCUAUAGGAAAUACCGUUCGUUGAUGUUAUUUCUGGAUAUUAUUCUUUGACAACUGUCGUAAAUGACAUAUUGACUUGACUUUACAGCGUAAUUGACUAUUUCAUAAUUACAAUAUUUUAUAUAUAAUAUCAUGAGGUAAAUUACCUAUAACAUUGUAAACAUAAGGGUCAGCUCAGAUGGACGGUAUAUGGCAAAAAAAUUAGGGUAAAUUACACAGCCGAUAGUUAUCAAAAUAAAAUAAUCAGCAGUCAUUAAAGAUAGGAAAAACAAUGGAACCAAUCGGAACAAAAUGAGUAGAGAGUCACGCAGGUUCAAUCUUCAGUCAGUCUAUUUAAUAUACAGUAUGUUUCAGUAUGACAAUAAGAGGUAGAAAGUUAAGAACACAAUACUUAAUCGAGUUAUUAAUAUUGGUUUCAUCAACUGCCACAUAUUUAUAAAAAUAACUUUAAUUUACAAUUAUUACGGCACAACUUAUUGAAUAUAUAGUUUGGCCUCCACUCCAUCCAUCUGGAAUCACCUGAAAUACAUAUUCAAAGUAGAAUAUGUGAUGGCUUAAUAUUUAUUAUAUUUUCAUUAUACAUAAAAGUGCACUCAAUUCGCUGCACAAAUAUUAAAAACGAAAUCGCCUGUUAAGCAUUUCUUUUAUGUAAGUAUAAGCACAUUCGUGACAAAGAGAUAAUGAACUUCUAAGGGUUUAGUACAUUAUUAAAUAUGUAGGAUCCAUAUUCAGACCACUCCAAUAAAAAGUUGAUGACGCGCUUUCAAUAACAAUUAAACGUUUAGUCUCUCGUAUUAUAAAUUAAUGAGUACACUCUCUUUUCUAUCACUACCUCACCGUAGAGAUAGAAAGAGACAACAGCAUCCUGCGGCUUGUUCUUUUGUAAUCUGAAUUUAUACCUCUACAUUAGUCAUUGUCCUAUGUAACCCCAAUCCGAUUGGCGCAUUUACCUGGACGAGAUUUAUGAUGGAGGAUGAUAGACAAACGCGUCUAAUAUUAUGAGAUUAAGAUAUAUGGCCCUAUAUAUGAUAUGAUGUACUAAUCCUGUUACUAUAUAGUGCUCAAUGUGUAACAGAUACUGUUUGUACUCUCGAAUACUGAUUUUUUACUUUCGUCCUUUCAUGCUUUUUGCUUGCUUUACCUUUUAUCUGUGCUUCUCUUUGUGUUUGUAACCAUAGAUUAUAUUGUAUGGUAUAAAAGUACAUUCGUAUUAGUACUCUCUAUUUGUAAGGCUCUAGAUACCUGUCGUUUUGGUUGCAAGUGUCAGCCAUCCAGUAAUACCUUGAAGCAUCCAUAGAUGGCGCUUAUACGAAUAUAUCUGUUACCCAAAAUAUUGAAGUACAAUAGUUUAAUUAUUAAUCGCAAAAUGACAUCAACGCAAUGCAAUGUAUGGUUUUUUCUUUACUUUUAAUCUCGUUAGUUUAUUUUACGUAACGUAAUUUCUAGUUAUUUAGAAAUAUUUAUAAUUAUUUGGGAUUGUUACAAUCUAUCAUAGUGGGAACCGUUGUUCUAUUUUCUGUUAUAGUUACAUGUAUUUUUCUGCUGCUUAUAUGAGCACUUAGUUUUAAAUCACCUAGUUUAAUGAAGGUAUGUACUGUAUACAUUAGAUUACGGUUAUUGAAACAAUAUCACACAAAUCUACAUAAUGUUACUGUAUGUACCUAGCCCUAUCUUUUAAGUAUACACUGUGUAAGGAAACAAACAUACUGCCAAUUUUCGUUAUUUCUAUAUACUACAUACUAUCAUAUUGUGAUGUUACUGUAUUAUUAUUCAGUCUAUUCUUGUGCCAUCGGGAAAUGUCAAAUAAAUUCGGGUAUAUUCAUGUAUAUUAAUAUAAAAUGGAUACAGUUCCUGAAUAUUGUAUCCAUUUUAUGUAAUUAUAAGAUUCUUAUAUUCUGAUAUCUAUUUAUGAUAUAUCAGAUAAAUUAAAUUUAUUACAUUAAAAUUCAAGCAGAUAUUGUUGUAUAUAAAAUAAUGAAUAUGUUUAUAUUAUGGAAUAUUUUAGAUAUUAAAAUUAU